AUGGCCGCCUCAGCACUCUUGAAGAGUAGGUGCAGAAGGGCUAGCUACCUAAACAAAUUGGCCAAGGCUGAAGAUCUCAUCGACUUGUUCCCCCACGGCGCAUAUGUCGGCUGGUCGGGCUUUACAGGCGUGGGAUAUCCCAAAAAAGUGCCAACCGCUCUCGCCGACCACGUCGAGAAAAAUGGGCUCCAGGGCAAGCUCAAAUACAACCUCUUUGUGGGUGCCUCGUCCGGAGCAGAGACCGAGAACCGAUGGGCUCGACUCAACAUGAUCGAACGCCGGGCCCCGCAUCAGGUCGGCAAGGAGAUCGCCAAGGGCAUCAACAACGGCAACAUCAAGUUCUUCGACAAGCAUCUCAGCAUGUUCCCCGUCGACUUAAUGUACGGAUUCUACACCAAGCACAAGGCCAACAAUCGCCUGGAUGUGGCCAUCAUUGAAGCUUCUGCCAUCACCGAGGACGGCGGCAUUAUCCCUGGGGCCAGUGUGGGAGCGUCUCCCGAGAUCAUUCAGAUGGCAGACAAGCCAUACUUGAUCAUGGCACCAGAGGACCGCAUUGGGACACCGCAUAUCCCUGUGGAUCCAGAGCGCGUGGUGGCCCUCGUUGAGUCCGACUAUCCCGACCAAACAACCGAAAAUGCUCCCGAGGAUGAAACCUCUCAGGCUAUUGCUCGCAACCUGAUCGAGUUUCUGGAACACGAGGUCAAACAUGGCCGCUUGCCGGUGAACCUGCUGCCUCUGCAAUCUGGCAUUGGCAACAUUGCAAACGCUGUCAUCGGCGGUCUAGCUAAAGGAGGUGCCAACUUCAAGAAUUUGAAAGUUUGGACUGAAGUGUUGCAGGACUCGUUCCUGGACCUCUUCGACAGUGGUAACCUGGACUUUGCCACCGCGACUUCCAUUCGUUUCUCUCCUGGAGGAUUUCAACGUUUCUAUGAUGGCUGGGAGAACUAUCACUCCAAACUCAUCCUGAGAUCCCAGCAAGUAUCGAACUCACCUGAAAUAAUCCGUCGCCUCGGUGUGAUCGGCAUGAAUACCCCCGUCGAAGUCGACAUCUACGCUCAUGCCAACAGUACCUGCGUGAUGGGCUCCCGCAUGCUCAACGGCCUAGGAGGAUCCGCGGACUUCCUCCGUUCAUCCAAAUACUCCAUCAUGCACACACCCAGCACACGACCUUCCAAGACAGAUCCUACCGGUGUGAGCUGCAUCGUGCCCAUGUGCACGCACAUUGACCAGACUGAGCACGACCUGGACGUUGUCGUGACUGAAAUCGGCCUUGCAGACGUGCGAGGAAUGUGUCCUCGCGAACGAGCGCGCGAGAUCAUCAAGCACUGUGCCCAUCCCGACUACCGGCCCAUCCUUCAGGAUUACUUCGACAGAGCCGAGUAUGAGUGCUUGAAGAAGGGCAUGGGUCACGAGCCGCACCUGCUCUUCCAAGCAUUUGAUAUGCAUAAGAAUCUGGUGGAGAAUGGUACCAUGAAGAUCAGUGGCUGGAAAUAG